UGCAAGUUCCGAUCGUCUGCUCGAUGCCAGCAUGUCCACGCUCAUCGUGUCAUUGUAUUUCGUCGUUUUGCUAUUGGCGCUCUUUUCACAGCCACAUUCAGUCAUCGGUGCAUAUUGUGGCAAGUUCAGUGGUCUGAGUGGCAUUGUAAAGUCUCCAACUCGUGACCCUCUUACUGGCCUCUAUCCUCCCAACACACGAUGUGACUAUCGAAUAAAAACUCCAAGAGGCUACACGAUUCGUGCGACAUUCAACGAGUUCAACUUGCAGUGGUCGUCGUAUUGUCAAUCAGACUAUGUGAAGCACACACAGAUAAAGAACAAGUGGAAUGAUCGUGCAUACUGUGGGCAGCAUUUGAAAGGAAGGACAGUGGAAACGUGUGACAAUAGACUGUUUAUUAGAUUCGUCUCGGAUUCAGUUAGAAAUGGAAAAGGAUUCAACAUGGCAUACACAGCAGUGGACAUAAAUGAAUGUUUGCCGUCUCGUCCUCGUGGCUGCAAGAAGGCUGCCACACAAUCUGUAUGCGAACAGAUCUGCAUCAAUACACGGGGCAGUUUUAGGUGUUCAUGUCAAACCGGCUUUCAUUUGUCACUCAAUGGUAGGAGUUGUGAAAGAGACAUACCUUCUUCAUCUCUACCACCUUUGAAGGUUGGCCAUUGUCCAUCAAUGCAGUUAGGAAAGACGCAUGAUGUCUGCUCUUCCGGUAGUGACAACACAUGCCCCACUUCACUGAAAUGUUGUCCAACUAGUGGAUCUACCUAUCGGUGUAAAGAACCAGUUUUUGCUUUCCGGUCUCCUCACCAACUGUCAACUGCUCUUCAAGAGAGUCUCCUCAGUCUCACAGACGCACCACGUGCGACUGGCCGAGUAGCAGGACAAACGACGACAUGCCAGUCAACUUGUUUGACCAUCCUUCUUGACAGAUCAGGCAGCAUUGGCUACUCCAACUUUAAGUCCAUGCUCAACUUCCUAUCAGCGCUACUCACAAGCAUGUGUGCUAGAGCACCAUGUCUUUCUACAUUGGCCAUCUCGUAUGCAUCAGAUGUGAGGGUUGAGUUGGAGUGUGGGCAGUACAAAUGUGGUCAAGGUUUGUAUGAGGCUGUGAAGGGCAUCAGAUAUAGGAGUGGCUUUACGUUUUUGGAUUUGGCUUUGGAGAUGGCAAAGAGCAAGAUGACUGGAUCGGCGAGUAGAGAUUGUGGCAGAGCAUCGGGAAGUUGUCAGCAGAUUGUGUUUCUGCUGACGGAUGGCAAGUCGAAUGGUGAUCGUGAUCCUGUUGUGCUUGCUCGCCAAUUGGAGAGAGACACAGGAGCGAAGAUAUUUACGUUUGGUGUGACGGAGAAAGUGAAUGGUUCAGAGCUGAGUGCUGUUGCAUCGCAAGAGCUAGUGAACGUGAAUGGAAACGUUGUUAAUAGGAAUGUGUUUAUGUUGAGGACGUUUAGAGGUUUGGAUGAUUUGGCGAAGAUUCUCAACGGAAGCGAUCCUUGCUCUGUGAACAAUGGUGGAUGUGAGCAUGUGUGCGUGAACAGUGGAGGUACUGCACAAUGUACGUGUCGCAACGGAUUCUCUCCUCUCAGUCAAGGAUCCCCAUUUUGCAAACAAAAUGUUCAUCCGUGUAAUCAACAUCAAAGAGGCGGUUGUCAACAUAAUUGCGUUGCUCAAGGCUCUGGAUUUGUGUGUUCGUGUAGAAAUGGAUAUGAACUGGGAACAGAUGGAAAGUCUUGCAGUGAUGUGAACGAAUGUCGUCAAUCUAACGGUCGGUGUCAACAGUUGUGUAUGAAUAAGGCGGGCUCCUACCGUUGUCACUGCCGUACGGGUUUCCUGCUGCAAACAGAUGGAAGGACAUGCCAGAGAACAUGUCAAAUCACAGACGUCCAAGGUCAAUGUCGCAUUCGCAAAGAAAUCUACUCAAUGACAACAUCAGAACGACGCCACUUCAUCCGCAUCUUCAAGCUCAUCACGACGCAGCCUCCCUACAAAUCACUCUACGACGACCUGAUCGCCAUCCACGAGAGAGAGUUCGACAACGGCAUACACACGCCCCAGCAGUUUCUUCCCUGGCACCGCUGGUUCGUCCUCUCGGUCGAGAACCUCCUCAGAUGUGCAGACCGUACCGUCACCAUCCCAUACUGGGAUUACUCCUACACAUGUCGCUCGCCAUGGAAACCAAAUGUGCUCUGUCUGGAUGAUUUGUGGGGAGAUAAUUUGCAGUCGCUUGGAGGUAACGGAACUGGACGUUUUCAUCAGGUGGCGACGGGUCCGUUUGCUUAUCCGGGAUGGAGGCUGACGCCGUCGGCUGAGACGAAUGCGUUGAGGAGAGCGUUUAGAGAGAGGGAUGUGCCGUGUCUGCCGGCUAUUGAACGUUUCUUGGCGUUGCCGUGUAGUGCAGGAACAAUCGAAGACGUUGAUGUGGCUCUUGCUGGUCCCCUACACAGUCCCAUUCACUUUGGUAUUAAUGGUACGAUGUGGUCUCAAUCGUCCGCCAACACUCCAGAGUUUUAUCUUCUGCACAGUUUUAUUGAUAAGUUGUGGAGUGAUUGGCAGAGGAAAGGGCAGAAAUGUGCGCAGCAGCACACGACGUCGCCGGACUUUGUGAUGACGGCGACUGGAGGGGUGAGGGUGCGGGAUGUGCAGAUGAUGGAAAGGAUGGUGGUUAAUGGGAGUGUCGUGUGUGUGAGAUAUGAUGAACCGUCGCAUUGUCUAGUGGAUGAGGUACUGGGUCGUCUUACUACAAACGGUAAGAGCUGGCAUUCGAUCCCGCGACUUCCUUCUCUUCCUCCUUCUCUCAUGACGCGCGAAGAGGCGACGUUCAUCGGUCGAGACUCGAGGAAUGUGCAGAAAAUGUUGGACAUGGACCGCAGAUUGAGACAAGGCGGAGCCGUCGGACGCUCAUCGAGCACGCGCGGAUGGAGCAGCGAGGAACUAUUGAUGGGAUUCCAACUGAGCGGUCACAAGUGAUAGGAUCGUAUGAUUGCAUGAAUAUUCUAGGUCUCUAUAACAACGUGUCAGAAUUGAUGUGAAUUUUUAAGGCUUCAUUACUAGAUAGAAGCUUGACAAUUAAUUAAUUAAUUAAUUGAUUGAUGGUUUUAAUGCGUUUGUAAUUUGAUGUAGACGGGAUUGUCAAGAUGAUGUAUUCACUAGAAAUCAGAUUUA